AAGAGAGACCAGAAAAACUGUAAACUUUACACUGUCAAGUUGACAUCACGUUCUGUUAUUUUAACACAUGUAUCCUUGCCCUUUGUCGCCGCCUCCUUAACGGUUAGUCUCUAAAUUGCAAAAUUCGAUUUUUUAAUCAAAUUUUCUAACAUUCUUAUUCAAUUUGAAAUACAUUUAGUUUAUUUCUUCUCUUUUUCAUUUUAUUUGUUUUAAUAAUGUCUGAGUCAAAUUAUGAAACAAGUGUUAAACACGAUGAAAGCUUGCAACUUUUGUCUACAAGAUUUAUAUCCCUCUUACAAGAUGUUAAAGAUGGUCUUCUGGAUUUAAAAAUGGGUUCUGAUAUCUUAUCUGUUGUAUUGGAAGGAAAUAGUUGUAACACUCGAGAAAAAACUAAAAUUCUGAAAUUGAAAGAAGAGUUACAAGAUUUAAAAAAUAAAGAGAUAGAAAUUGCCUUUAAUUAUGCUUCAGAGAAGCAAGAAGACGAGUGCCAAGAUGUUGGAGGUAAAGCACAAGAAAACGAUGAAGCUAUGGAACAAGGUGAUUCAGAUGACAACAAUAAAUCAAAAGUAACAUCAGCUCAACUUACAAGACAAUUACCUCCUCGUAAAGCUGCUCAACGCCACCUUUGCAUUCAAUCACGACACCAUGAUAAUGUUAAAAAUAAAAAAACUAGUAUAUUUAAUAAAAAAGAAGCUUCUACAAAAGAAAGACCAACAAUAAGAGGACGUGUUAGAGAAAAGGACAAAGUUUCAUCUGAAAGCACAGUUCCAGCGUCAAUAUCUAGAGCAAAAGAUGAUGCUUCUUUAGAGGAAGAAAAUGAAAAAAAAGUUUCAGAAAAAACAAGUCGAGAUAGAAUUGCAACCUUGAAUCGACAAAAUAACGACGCUAAAGGCCAACAUACUGCGAAUCGUCCAGUGAAUAGCCGAGUAAAUACUCGAGCCAAUAGCCAAUCCAAAACACCUUUAGAAUACCAUGGCCAAGAUAGUUUCGGUGAACAUGAAGAAUCAGAGGUACCUUAUGUCACUGACACAGAGAAUCUUCACAUCACUGCGAAUAAAAAGGCAUUUCCGAGAGGUGAAAAAGUUUACGGUUGUCCUUACAAAUGUGGUUUUGUAUGCAAACCAGGUAGGAGAUUCGAAGUGACACGGCACUUGAAUUCAAAUAUUAAGAAUGAUAAGGUCAGAAGACCAGGUUGCCCUGUAAGAAGAAAAAUGGAAGUCGUGUGUAGAGAUGGUACAUGGACCAAAUCGAUAAAAGAGCCAGUGUUUUUAGGAUUAACAGUAACAGGAAGGGGCGGAGAAAAGGACAAAGUUUCAUCUGAAAGUACAGCUCGAGCGUCAAUAUUUAGAGCAAAAGAUGAUAAAGAAAAACACACUAUGAACAAAAAGCUAUUUCCGAAGGGUAGGAAAGUUUACGGGUGCCCUUACGAAUGUGGUUUUGUAUGCAAACCAGGUAUGAGAUACGCAGUAACACGACACUUGAAUUCAGGUAUUAUGUUUGGUAAACUCAAAAAACCAAGUUGCCCUAUAAGAAAAAAAAUGGAAGUCGUGUGUAGAGAUGGUACAUGGACCAAAUCGAUAAAAGAGCCAGUGUUUUUAGGAACAGUAGUAACAGGAAGUGGUAGAGAAAAGGACAAAGUUUCAUCUGAAAAUUCAGUUAUGGCGUCAAUAUCUAAAGGAAAAGAUUACGCUUAUUUACAGGAAAAAAAUGAAAAAGCAGUUCCAGAAAAAACAAAAACUCGAAGUCGUAGCAGAAUUGCAACCAUUAAUCGAAUUAGCAAAGCUGAAGGUCAAGAUACUGCAAAUCGUCCAGUGAAUAACCGAGUGAAUAGUCAGGUCACUAUUCAAGACAAAGCAUUGGUCGAAUAUCCUCAUUUAAUUGAAGACGUAUUACAAGCUCUUGAUAAAUUGUGUUCGUUGCCUUCACGACGGGAUUAUUUCUUUCAAUGGGAUAAAUAUACAGGUUAUGUUGAUUUAUUUGAAAUCACAGACCCAAAUAUGGAUCCUGAAAAAUUCGAUGGACCUAAUGUCACAGAUUAUUUUGCAAGGCCUCGUAUCAUUAGCAGACCUCAAUUUGAAGCCUUUCUAAAACGCGAGAUGUACGGUUCGGGAAAUGAAGCUGCUAAAGAGGCGCAAAUAAAAUACAGGUGCUCGUAUUGUUUUAUGCUUUCGCUGUACAGGCAUAAUAUCGUACAUCACAUUCAGUCGCGAAAAGAGAACGGUAAAUGGAGAAGACCUUCUUGCUUAGCGAGGCGUCAUAAAGAGCCUAAUCCUAGUGGAAUCUAUGAAUCGGAAUGGCCGUGCCCGAAAAGAAUUCCAAUUAUUGAAAUUGAUUGCAAUGUAAUUUCAAUAUGGAUUUACCCUCAGGUUGAUAUAAAGAUUCCAGGAAACUGUCUGCGAAAAAAGGAUUAAAAUUUGUUCGUCUAGACAGUUAGCUCUUUCACACUUUCUCCCAAUUCGCUUUCUCAUGAUAAACUAAAAGCAAUGAUAAAGCAUUUGACCUAUUUGCGUUAAUGCAAACUAAAAUAAUCAUCAGAGCAAUUGCUAUACUCUUUGGACUAAAUGAAAUAAACAGCAAAGCAAAAAUACACUUGAAUAAACUUAGUGACUUAAUGUUCAAUUUACUGUUCAAAUAAUUAGUCCACUUUACCUACUUCCCCUGAAGAGAAAGGCCGAAGGAAAAUCAAAAUAAAAAUAUUGAAUUAAACUGCAUAACAUCACAUAAAUAAAUGAUCUAUA